CAUGGCUUCUGGUCUUUGUGAGAAUUGUUCUCAACUUAGAGAACUUACUGCUCAUUUAAGAAAAGUUUGCAGAGAGUUUGAACGAAAAAUCAGGAACGUUUUCAGAGAGUUUUCUGAGUGCAACUGCGUUAGGAUUACACCUGAGAGGAGUUUCCUGAGGACGACCCAAGAGUUGCCCUCCUUACGCCUCCUGAAUGACGAUGAAACCCAGCUGCUCAGUCAGGAAAGUCUACAAGCACUGAACAAACUUGCUGUCUCGGAAAACACUGGUCUACAAAUGAGUGCUGCCAUGCAUUAUUUACAUCUCAGUCAUCUUUUGAAAUCUCCUCUACCAGACGCCUUCAUGGAGCCAGUCAUGGCUUUACUUUUAUCAACAGACCUGGAUGUGCAAAAGACUAUCUCUCUCGCCUUGGUCAAUCUGUUAGUAAAGAAUAAUGUGUGUAAAGAGUUGGUGAUUGAAAUGGGGAUGCUGGUGCCCAUACUGGAGUUGUUCCAGUCUGGUGAUUCAGCCGCUCAGUGUCACUCCUGUGCCUGCGUCGCAAUGCUGGCCUCCUCAGAAUCAAACAAAGAUGCUAUCGUGGUGGAUGGAAUCAUACCACUGCUUGCUUUGGCAAAAUCCUAUGACCCACGGGUGCAGCAGAACGCAACCUGGGCUCUGUUACAUCUCACGCAGUCAGAUGGGUCAACAAGGAUCUUGUGUCAAGCAGGAGCUAUUCCUGUGUUGGUCCUUCUACUGCAGUCCUCGGAUUCAGAGGUUCAGUUUUGCAGCUGCACUGCUCUGUGCAACAUCGCUGCUAUCCGGGAGCAUCACCCGAAGUUGCUGAGCAUAGGGGGUCAUUAUUUGUUAAAGUCUCUUUUGACUCUCAUGUUGUCGUCUGUACAAAAGAAUUCAGCUCAAGCAUGCAGAUGUCUACAAACACUCUCAAAGAAUGUUCUGAUCCAGGAGCAGCUGAUGGAGCUUGACUGUGUGUUACCUCUGAAAGCACUUCUGAAAACCUCUGCUGCUGUGUGGACAGAGCCAGCUGUAACACUCCUGUCCGCACUGUCUGCACACCCACCAAACAACGACUUCCUUGUGAGUGAAGGACUGUUGGAUGAAGUCGCUCUGCUGCUUCAUCAUCACAGGUCCAGCUCUGCCAUAAUCACACACAGCUGUGUGAUAAUCACUAACCUGUGUAGCUCCCGCAUGGGUCAGCAGGCUGUGAUGGAAAGUCUGUGUUUAUCAGGACUCCUCGGGGCCCUUCUAUCUCCCGGCCUGUCAGAUGAGACCUUGCUGCAUGUGACAUCAUGCUUAAAUCACCUGACCACCUGGAGUGAGUGGCCUGGACAUCCACUUAACCUGUCAGCGGCAAUAACAGCAGAACAGGUUUCAGGACUGGUGAAGAUGUCUGGACAAAUUCAAAAUUCUCUGUUGUCAUGUAACUGUGCAGCCAUCAUAAGCAAACUAGAAAUGACUGAGGAGAUCAUUGGGUUACUGAGACCUCACUACAUCACCAUGUCAGAGUACCUGUUAGUAUUUCUCAAAAAGAAAGACGUUAAAUUCCAGCAUCUCGGCAUAGUUACAAUAUUCAACCUCAAAAAAGAUGGAGAUUUUUCAUCUCUGUUGGCUGACAGUGAGCUGGAGGUCGAGCUCAGGAAGGUGCAUGCGCAGACAGAGGAAACCAGACGCCUGCUUCAAAUGAUUCAGCCUCUUUCUCCGUCCUCUGUUAACCCUUAGCUUUCUCAGUACAAAUGCUGAGAGAUGUGCACAGUGUGGACAGUAUGAGGUGUUUACAUCCAUACACUGUACAGACAAACAGCAUUUUUUAAAAUCACAAUUGGUGUUUUAAUGUGCCAUCUUUUAUUUCAUUGUUUUCAUAUUAAUUACAGUCAAUGUGUUACCUGAAAAACAAGGCAGAGAUGCAGCAUAGUAUCAGCUUUAAUCAAAUAUGGCAUAUUUUGACUUCUCAACAGGUUAACAAGUGAUAGUUAUAAGCAACACUUCAACUAUAAGAUCAAAUACUGAUGAUCAGAUACAUUUGUUUUUAUAUGCUUUUAUUAUAAUAAAUUCGCUUAACCUCUAUGUCUCAAACAUUGCUUUGUAAAGUGAUUGCGCAAUAUCAAACAAAGCAACUGUCAGUGCAAUAAAUGCCUUGUGCAUUGUAUUUUC